AUGAAUCCUGAAAACUGGACUCAGGUAACAGUGUUUGUCCUUCUGGGUUUCCCCAGUAGCCAUGUCCUGCAGUCCCUGCUGUUCCUGGGGUUGAUGGUGACCUAUAUUGUAACAGCCACAGGCAACCUACUGAUUAUUUGGCUCAGCUGGAUGGACCGACGCCUACACACACAGAUGUACUUCUUCCUGAGGAACCUGUCCUUCCUGGAGCUGUUGCUCGUGUCUGUUGUGGUUCCCAAGAUGCUUGUCAUCAUCCUCACAGGGGAUUGCUCUAUCUCAUUUGCCAGUUGCAUCAUCCAGUCCUACUUCUACUUCCUCCUAGGAACCACUGACUUCUUCCUCUUAGCUGUCAUGUCUCUGGACCGUUACCUGGCAAUCUGCCGACCACUCCACUACGAGAUCCUGAUGAGUGGUCAUGUCUGUUCCCAGCUAGUGCUGGCCUCCUGGCUAGCUGGAUUCCUCUGGGUCCUUUGCCCUACCAUCCUCAUGGCUAGCUUACCUUUCUGUGGCCCCAAUGGCAUUGACCACUUCUUUUGCGACAGUUGGCCCUUGCUAAGGCUCUCCUGUGGGGACACUCGCCUGCUAGAGCUGGUGGCUUUUGUGCUCUCCACAUCAGUAUUAUUGGGCUCACUGGCACUGACCUCAGUCUCCUAUGCCUGCAUCCUUGCCACUGUCCUCAGGGCCCCCACAGCUGCCGAGCGAAAGAAAGCAUUCUCCACUUGUGCCUCCCACCUUACAGUGGUGAUCACUGUCUAUGGCAGCUCCAUUUUUCUCUACAUUCGUUUGUCAGAGUCUCAAUCCAUGCUGCUCAACAAAGGAGCCUCAGUCUUGAGCUGUAUCAUCACACCCCUCCUAAAUCCAUUCAUCUUCAGUCUCCGCAAUGAUAAGGUGAAGCGGGCCCUGAGAGAUGCCCUGAGGUGGCACAAGCCCAUGGGUGGGAGAAAAUCUGAGGGCCACAUGUGA